AUGUUAGCAGAGCUAUCACACAAAGAAUUGAUUAAACUGGCACAAAAAAGAUGUAUUCCACCUUUGUUGGCGAAGUUUCAUAAGGGACAGGCCGGUGGGAGAGUCUGUAUUGUUGGAGGGUGUGAAGAUUAUACGGGAGCACCAUACUUCAGCGCCAAUGCUACUGCUUUAAUGGGAUGUGAUUUGACCCACGUCAUCUGCGAAUACAAUGCAGGUACAGUUAUUAAAUCAUACACUCCGAAUCUGAUGGUGCAUCCUUACCUUCGGAUGAGCAACACCAACCUGGAUGUUAAUAUGGAUGAUCAGAGAGGAAAAAUCAAUUCCAUAUUGGACAGGAUCCAUGUCGUGGUCAUUGGACCCGGGUUGGGUAGGGACCCCCUAAUGUUGAAAUCCGUCAAAGAUAUCAUAAAAUACAUACUUGAAAAACAUGAGGGUAAGAUUCCAUUGGUCAUCGAUGCCGACGGAUUAUAUCUGAUAACUCAAGAUAAGGAGGUCAAAGAAAUGUUGAAAAGCUACCCCAAAGGUAGAAUCAUCUUGACGCCCAAUGUAGUAGAAUUCAAGAGAUUAAGUGAUGCCAUGGACAAGAAGGGGGACUCGCAUGCAGAGAUGGGCAGCUUGAUCGCUCAGGAGUUGAACUGUAUUGUGGUAGAGAAGGGCCAGUCAGAUAAGAUCUUCUCACCUAAUGGUGGGAAGGAUACACUGACAAACAGCACAGAGGGCAGUAACAAGAGAGUAGGAGGCCAAGGAGACACCUUGACGGGGGCAAUAUCAUGUAUGCUAGCGUUCAGCCGUGCCAUGUAUGAUUUCAAGAUCUGCGAACACAAAGAGAAAGAGGAAUCUUCCAAUAACGAAAACUUGAGAAACUGGAUAGACUACGCGAUGCUGAGCUGUUACGUGGGCAGCACAAUCACACGUGAAUGUUCUCGCCUGGGAUUCAAGGCUAAGGGACGUGCGAUGCAGACCACAGAUCUAAAUGACCGUGUGGGCGAGGUGUUUGCCAAACUUUUUGAUUAA